AAAUCACUCUAGAAAAUACCCUGACCUUGCAUCAUCAAUUUCUCUUUUAUGGCAAGUGAGCUGCUGUCCUUAGGCAAUGGCAAAAGCAUGUGAGGUUGGAGAAAAAGAAAGAGCCUGAAUAACAAUGGACAACUAUAUUAACAACCUGUCUUGACUUGAUUAAUUAGAAAUAAGAUAGCCCCGAUCCAUGAAGACUAAUGAGUUUUGUAGGAUUUGGGGAUGUUCAGAUCUGCAUCUUCACUUUAGGUUCCAAACAUGAAAGUCCUCAAGGGUCCAAGUUAGCAAACUAUUUCUUCCCAUAGUAAAAGACCUUGGCAUAUGAAGCGUGUAAGAGAUAGCUCUUAGCAUCUCACUGUGUCAGGCAAUGACACACAUACAAAAUCAGCUUGCAAUAUACAGAGAUGUAGCAAAACACAAACACUCUGCUAGUUGUAGUAAAACUCUAAGAAUUUACUACAGUAAAAAGCAGGUGCAACACUCCACAUAUAAUAAAGUGCCAAUCCCAGCAAUACGUAGGCUAGUAGCCCAGUAGCUGUCAGAGCCAACUGAGUUGGGACAGGAGUUACUAGGAAAGAAGGAAUCUGUGGUUCCCCAUACACAGAGAACUCUGCAUCUGUGGUUCCCACACCUCAUCUAAGAAGGAUGUUGAAAAGCCAAAGACUUGGACAAACACACCAAGGACAAUCUAUAGGCAUGAAGCAAUGUCAGUGUGUGUAACAUUUAAAAAUAUGAGGAUUCUUCAGAUUGCAUAUCAGAACUGAAGAGGCAGUACAGGACCUGUACUGUAGUGAUAACAGGACAUGAUGCUCACCACCUGUUCCAAUACAAGAAACAGAAAGCAUCAAAUGCUGCUAGUAAGAACCAGGUUCAAGUCAAACAAAAGCCAGUGCUUCUUCACAAGGCAAGGCUGGGCUGUGAAACUCCCGAAUAAUGGAUGCUGUAGAUGCUAGCAGUUUACUGGAGUUCAAAAAGCAACUUGUCAAAUUCACGGAAGAGAAGUCCGGCAAUAGCUGCCAAAUAAAUAAAUAAAUAAAUCCCCCAAAUACACCCCACUACUCUGACUUAGGAGCCUCCAAGUCCUAAAAUUGCUUAGCAAACUGUUCUGAGAGAACACUGCUAUCUGUUUAAGAACUGUUAAAUUCUUCCCCAACUAAAGGCCCCUGCCAACUCAAGUAAGCAACCUAGAAAGACCUUGAACCAUACUGCAUCCAUUCUUACGUAGGCAUCUUUCUUUUUAGGUAAUAAAACCCUUCUAAACAUGAGCAUAAUUUUCAAUGCAAUUGCCCAUGUACUGAUUUCAUAAUGCUUCACUCACCUUCCCUCUCCCUUGCCUUCCCUCUCUCUCUUUCCAGAUUAAAGAAAAUCCAGAUGGGGUGCAGGUGCUGCAAAAUGAUACAAAGCUAUAUUUUUGAUCCAGAAGAAGUACAGUCGCCUGGACGCAUUCAUGAAGUAAACAGCUAUGAACACAAUGAGCAAGGUGGCAAUAAAUCCAAAUUCAAAGAGAACAGUAAAAUUCAAGAAUGUAAAAAUGAACUCCAGAAGGAUGAGCUAAAUAGACCAGAAAAUAGAAAUCAGGUAAAUAGCACAAAAGAAACUCUCUGGAACCACAGAGGCAAUGAUUUUCAAGAAGAUGGACUUGCGAAGUGUGUUGCAAAGCUUGAUGUUGCAGUCAAUAGUGGCACCUCCUGUGCUGGAGUGCACUCCAUGCUCAACCCCAACACAAACACAGUCAAAGAAGCCAGUGAACAGGGAACAUCCAGCCAGUCAGAGGCUUCUUUAGUCACCAAUAAAGACUUUUACACCAAAUCAAAUAGGUCUGGGCAGGAACUUGAACUAGAGGCAGGUAGGCAGGCAAAGGCAGCCUGCAAUGAACCAAACAGUAUUCAAGAUGAGAACUCUGGGUCUGCAGAAGACAAAGGAAGUGCAAUAUUGGAGACACAAGACAAUGCCAUACAACUGCCAGAUGUUGAUUAUCCCCAAAAUGGCAAACAAACCAGGAACUAUGUUGAAAAAUAUAGCUUUCCAGUCAAUUGUGCACAUUCAGACCAAAAUGCUGGGCCUUCAGCAAUACAGGACCAGGACUUUUGUGUAAUCCCACCUUUGCCUAUGAAGGAGAGCAGUAUUGAACCUUUUAAAACUUACUCCACAAGUUUGAGUGAGGGUAUUACUGGUAGUAUCACUGCUGUGGCUGUUACCAAAGUAGCGCAGGCACCCACACACCCCAAAUAUAAAGACAUUAAUGGAGAAACUGAAGAUGAAGAUGCAGAAGUUGCAGCAGCUCUGGCUGCACUGGAGGCUGCAACUGCAGGGGAAGACCUGGAAGAUGACAAUGAGUACUAGAUGAAGGUUUCUUUCUAAUACACUGGGUAAGAUCCAGAUUUCAUUUCUGGAUCUAUAUAAGCAUGUGACAGCUGCUGUGAACAGCAUAUAUAAAAGGAAUUGAGACUAAACCUCUGGCCCUUCAGCUGUUUUAUACAGCCUUUCAGUUUCUACUGCCUGCGGUACAGAAGUGUUCCCUUCACUAACGGCAAUACCAACACACUUCUCCAUGAGGCCAACCAGGAGAGCAAAGCAUCAUUUCUUCUACAUAGGAUAUUCUGCUUUAUACCCACCUCACCUGGACUCGUGCAAAUGUUUCCUUUGGUUUUGACCCUCCAGAAGGUCUGUGCACACAACAUGUUCCAGGUUCAGAAAACUUCCAUUAUUUACAACAGAACUAUGGAAGCCAUGGAGUUAGAAAUCACAGUUUUUCAUCAUGUUAGCACAAAAAAGAAGAAACUGACCCAAAGUUCUAUGAUCUAAUGAAGUAUGAAAUAGGGAAGGCAGCUUGGCUUGCACUUCACUGCAGUUAAGGUUCCAUUCUGGAUUAAGCCUACAACCGUGCAUGUGCAGCUGGUGUUAGGACCUUGUCUCUUCCCUUACGCCUCCCCUGGAAUUUCUUUGAUACCCCAAGUGACCUGCUUCAGCUCAUUAAAACCGCAAGAAGUCUAGACACAUCUAGGAAAGUGGCUAAUUUUCUGUUGGCUUCAUGAGCUGAAGUAGCUCACAUAAGAAUAGCACACAUACUCUUAGAGGUGCUAGAGAGGAAUCCAAACUCAGUCCUGCUAGUUUGCAUAAAUUAAAAUUGUUAUAAAAGUACAGCCUAAGACUUUUCAACUCUGCUAAAUUUUCCAGGCACGCAUCUCUUGCCUUAACAAACAGUUUGCAAACAGGUUGUAUCUCAAACACCCCCAGCAAGAUAUGGGGUUUUUUUAUAUACAAACAGUAAGAGCCAGCGUGGACCCCUCCCUGGCUCUGCUUCAGUCCUUAAACUUACAGCAGAAAAGGGAUUUAGCUUCCAAGCUGCAUUAAGCAUAAGACCUGAAAAUAUCAGCUGCAUUCCUGGAGUAUUUACUCUUCCUCUGAUCUAAAGACUAGUAUGUUAACCUUUCAGGGGGGAGGUAGAAACCAAUUCACCUGGCAAUUCAUCAAAAUUUGGAUCUUAAUGGUUGAAAUAGAGUGCUUGACAUUUUAUACAGAAAUUUUGUGUUUUCCGAGUUUGUUAUAAAAUCUUAAUAAAUUUUUUUAAUCAUAUAAAGAAGUCAUCUGGGAGCUUUUAUGCUUUAUGCAUUUUCUGAUUGUAUGUUACAUAAAAGAAGUACUAUAAGAUAUAGCCCUCAUUAGAUACGUGAAAAGCACCAGUCAUGUAUAUGCUGAAUCCUAGUCCAUUAACAUAUGUAAGGAUGCGAGUCUUAUGUGUAGAUAUUUAAAUUAUUUUUGUUUAAAUGCAGAUUCCCUCUUUUCCUCCAAAUACUGCAAGACCAAAUCAAGAUUUCUGUUUCUCAAAACUUUAAUGUUACCCUUGGAGCAAUUAAAAAAAUCCUGAAGUCUCAGCUUUAGAACUACAUACAGCUACAGGUGAAAGUCACCACCUUGUUUCUGAAAAUAAAAAAGCUUUAUAUGUUUUUAAA